GCUUUAAUUUUUACAAUGGCGCAGAAAUUCGGGUCAGAUGAAGGGCAGCUGAACUUUGGCGAGUUUAAUUAUCCAGUGAACGGAGAGAACUUGUUGGCUAGCGUAGACUAUGAUACAAUAAAAUUGUUCUUUGAAGGACAAUCACCGCAGGAUGUUUUCUGGCUUCCCAGCACCACAUCCUGGUAUAGUGCUGCCACUCAAGUGCUUCAGGAUUUGGUGUUGAGACAAUGCUACCAUAGAGUUUGCCUACCUUCCAAGCCUAAGAUUGUGUUUGGAACUAAGGGCUCUAGUUCUGAUUCUUACAUUAAAAAUAAAGCAUAUGGAGAUUUCCUUCACAAAGGUCUUAACGUCUCAACUGCCGAUCAAGAAAGCGCUGCUGUAGCUUGGACAUCUUUAUCAAAUGAAAAGCCUUUCAUCGUGAUCCGAGGUGCUUCAAAUGUAGCAGGUGAAGCAAAUCCAGGAUUAUCGCCUGCUAGCUACUUGGCCUCCUACAAUGCUUUCCUUGCCGCAGCCAAGUUCAUUGAGUCAAUUCCUACGCCACGUCUGGCUUGUGAGUGAUGGGAUUUUGUAUCUGCUUCUGAGUCGUUUGAGUGCUAUGAAAGAGAUCGAUGACCGAUUGCACUCAAAUGAACUGAACUGUGUUUGGCCCACUAAAUUAAAUAAACUCGAAUAAAAAUUCUAUGAACUUUCUCCA